CUUGUCUUCAUCCCCAUUGCAAAAUUUGCAAUCCCCUCACGUUCCUCUUCGCGAAUUCCUCAGCCUCUGCUCUUGUUGAGCAACUCCAUCGCUAGUUUGCUGAUUCGAUUUGAAAUUUUGUUUGAGCAGGGUGUUGUUUUUUUCCCGAGGGUAGCGAUGGCGUUAUUGGCGCGCGGAGCUGUUGCAGCUGUUGCUGCAGUUGGGUUUAGCAACACCACUAGCAAGCAGGGUCACCAGAAUGGUGGAAGCAACGGAGUGUUGGCAUUCCGAGGGAAUGCGUUCUGCCGGGCAGUGGCGGCUAGGACCUCUUCCGUUGGAUGCCAAGUGCGGGUGAAGCGAGGUGCUGGACCUUUGAGGGUCACCAAUGUGGCGACCUUGGAGCAGGAGACAUCCGCCGAGAGUUCCUCUAAAGGUGACGCUCGUCCCGUGUUCCCCUUCACUGCCAUUGUCGGGCAAGAAGAGAUGAAGAUGUGCCUGAUUUUGAAUGUUAUCGACCCUAAGAUUGGAGGUGUCAUGAUCAUGGGGGAUCGUGGAACUGGUAAGUCGACCACUGUUCGUGCUCUUGUAGACUUGCUGCCCGAAAUUCAGGUCGUUGCUGGAGACCCUUUCAACUCUUCCCCAGAAGACCCCGAGUUGAUGAGCGAGGAGGUCAGGAAGAGGGUGCAGGCGAACGAGAGCCUGCCAGUCACUACUUCACGAAUUAACAUGGUGGAUUUGCCCCUUGGAGCCACCGAGGAUCGUGUCUGCGGGACAAUCGACAUUGAGAAGGCUCUCACAGAGGGUGUGAAGGCCUUCGAGCCGGGUCUAUUGGCGAAGGCUAACCGUGGAAUUUUGUACGUCGACGAGGUUAACCUGCUUGACGACCAUUUGGUAGAUGUAUUGUUGGAUUCUGCAGCAUCUGGAUGGAACACUGUUGAGAGAGAGGGUAUUUCAAUCUCGCACCCUGCCCGAUUCAUCCUAAUUGGGUCUGGUAACCCGGAAGAGGGAGAGCUCCGACCUCAGCUGUUGGAUAGAUUCGGCAUGCACGCCCAGGUUGGAACAGUGAAGGAUGCCGAGCUGCGUGUUAAGAUUGUGGAAGAGCGAGGGAUGUUUGAUGCGAACCCCAAGUCUUUCCGUGUAAAUUAUGACAUAACCCAGAAGGAGCUCCGCGACCGAAUUGACAAUGCUCGCGCUAUUUUGUCUGGCGUGAAGGUGCCACAUGAUUUGAGAGUAAAGAUUUCGCAAGUCUGCUCAGAGCUCGAUGUUGACGGACUGAGGGGUGACAUUGUUAGCAACAGGGCUGCCAAGGCCUUCGCUGCCUUCCAAGGAAGAACUGAAGUGACUGCUGAAGACAUCAGGGCUGUCAUGCCCAACUGCCUGAGGCAUCGGUUGAGGAAGGACCCUCUUGAAUCUAUUGACUCCGGAACGUUGGUCGUAGACAAGUUUAACGAGGUCUUUGGAUUCGCUUCUUAGAUAUGUUGAGAUAUGCAACCCAAAGUAGUUUGGAAAGCUUAGAGUUGGCGACAAUUUUAUGUCACCGGAGAGGUGAUAAAUCGGCUCGUUUUAUGAGGAGUUCUGAAUAUCACCAAAUUGACAGUGCGGCUUAUUAACAGGUAUUCCGACAGUGGUUUCCUAGAAAUGCUACAAAGAUCUGAAAUAGUCGCUUCUUGUUUCAUCGUUCCUGUCUUUACAAUGGUAUUGAUGAAUCUUGCGCUUGAACGUGCACAAUACUCACUGGUUCAAAGUUUUGCAUGGA